GUCUUGCAGGGUAGGUUUCAUUUCUAUUUCAACAAGUGAAUACAGAGCACAGCUUUUUUGAUUGUAAUUAAUAAGCGAAGCUUAGAAAUAAUAGUUUUUAUUUAUUAACAUGGAAGCAACAAAGAAACAGAAAUUAUCCACUCUGGAUCAGUUAAAAGAAAUUACGGUUGUCGUAGCUGAUACUGGAGAUUUUGAAGCUAUGAAAUUGUACAAGCCUACCGAUGCCACGACAAAUCCAUCAUUAUUAUUUGCUGCAGCGCAAAUGGAACAAUAUGACCACAUUUUGAAAGCAGCUAUAAAUUAUGGUACAAGUAUUGGAAGCGCAUUAAAUGAAAGAGUGGAGGAAGCGAUAGAUUACUUGGGUGUACUUUUUGGUUGUGAAAUUUUGAAAAUUAUACCAGGAAGAGUUUCAACUGAAAUUGAUGCCCGACUAUCAUUUGACACUGAAAAGAGUGUUGAAAAGGCCUUGAAGCUAAUUAAAUUAUAUGAGCAAAUGGGAAUUCAGAAAGAUCGCGUUCUUAUAAAAAUUGCUUCUACGUGGGAAGGCAUUCAAGCAGCCAAAAUAUUGGAAGAAGAACAUGAAAUUCAUUGCAACUUAACGCUUUUAUUUUCUUUUGCGCAAGCUGUGGCAUGUGCAAACGCGGGAGUAACUCUAAUAUCGCCUUUUGUCGGUCGUAUUUUAGAUUGGUAUGUUGCUAAUACUAAUACUAAAAGCUUUCAACCAGAAAAAGAUCCCGGUGUUCUAUCGGUUACUCAAAUCUACAAUUAUUAUAAAAAAUAUGGGUACAAGACAGUUGUCAUGGGUGCUUCGUUCAGAAAUGUUGGGGAGAUAAAAGCUUUAGCUGGCUGUGAUUACUUGACAAUUAGUCCUGCUUUGUUGAAAGAAUUGGAGAAUGAUGAUGAGCCUAUUAUCGAACAGUUAUCAGUUAAAAACGCCAAAUCAAUCGACAUAGACCUAGUUAACAUAGAUCAAGCGACUUUCCGCUGGAUGCUUAAUGAAGAUGCUAUGGCGACUGAAAAGCUUUCAGAGGGAAUAAGAAAGUUCGCCCAAGAUUCUAGAAAACUAGAAGACUUAAUAAGAAAAUAUAUAGAUGUAUAAGCCAUAAAUUCAAUUAAAAAAUAAUUUUGUAAAAUACAUACAUACAUAUGUACAUUUGUAAAUUCUAAUGCGUCAAAUGUAAUGGAAUGCGCCAAAUUUUUUAA